GAGACACUGAACUCUUCUAAACACUUCUCUGGACUUCAUCUCCUCGGUGAUCUCGGUUUACCUCCAUCACACAAAGAUGUCUUGCUAUCCAGAAUGCGGGGUGGCCCGACCCAGCCCAGUUUCCAGCACCUGCAACGAGCCAUGCGUAAGGCAGUGCCCUGACUCCGAAGUGGUGAUCAGACCCUCACCGAUUGCUGUGACCAUCCCAGGGCCCAUUAUGAGCACCUUCCCUCAGCAGAGUGAAGUGGCAGCUCUCGGAGCCCCUGUGGUGGGAUCUGGCUAUGGCGGCUCAUUUGGUGCGGGAGCACUCUCUGGCUAUGGAGCUCCUUAUGGGGGAUACUACGGCUUGGGAGGAUUAGGAGGUUAUGGGGGACGUUUUGGUUAUGGGGGUCUCUGUGGUUAUGGAGGUGGUUAUGGUUACGGGAGAGGUUUUGGGGGACUCUGUGGUUAUGGGGGAGGUUAUGGGGGACUCUGCGGUUAUAGGGGAGGUUACGGUUAUGGAGGAUCUUGUGGCACCGGGGUAUCUUGUCAUAGGUACCUGAGUGGAAGCUGCACCCCAUGUUAGACACGGCAGGAAUCUCUAUUGCCAAAGGAAAGGCCAGGAAAUGAACAACAACCUAUAGAUCCGAUAUCGAUUUCAGAAGGGCUGUGCCGGCCUGGCUCCAGCACAGCCCCUUUCACUCAUGGACCCAUUCCUAAUGUCUUGCUAGGAACUGUUUCUGCCAAUGCUUUCCCAGCCACAUGCUUCUUCUCUUAGUCACUUGUGGAUUCACUGAGAAUUACGCUCACUGUGUUUGUACUAACUCCGCAGUGUGAAGGAAACAGGCAUCAGUUGCAUAUAUUAAAUUUUUGGCCAACCUGGCAGCUGCAACAAAAGAAAAAGAACUUUUGCCUCGAAUAGCCCAUAUUAAAACACCAGGGAAACAUUCUCUCUGUUUUGCAUUUUCACUUUCUGUAAUUGUGUAUUGCAAAUGUCAUUCACAUUAAAAACUCUGCUGCAUGAGAA